GUUUAUUCGAGCACUACAACAACCAACGUCGCCCCCAAUGAAAGCGAGGCAGUGUAAACACAACUCCAGGAACAUGAAAAGAUCGGGUGACAGUGAGGGGGAGAAGAGAAGAAAGAGGCGGAAGUUAUUGCAGGAGUUGGGAGACCAGAAGAUCCCCUUUCUGGGACCUUCAGACCGGGGCUUUCAGCAACUGUGGGACUCCAGUUACACUGGCCUGGUUCUGAGGAGAUCCUGCUCGCUGCCUGCCGAGCUCCAUGGUCAGGUGCAGGCGGCUCUGCUCACCCUGAGAAGCAAGGGCUGCCUCCUGAGGGAUCUGGUUCGUGUCCGUGACAGAGACGUGUUCACUGCCGUGUCACGAGCUCUGCUGGGUGAGCCGGGCCACACCUAUCGUUAUCUGGACACACGGCUCUUCGCCAUCCCCUGGCACAGUGAGGACACUGAGGUCAAAGGACAAAACUGUUGUGACCCUGACUUGAGAUCUGCUUGCAAGGCAUUGUGGGAGCUUAACACCUUCUUCUGCUCUGACGUGUCUCAGCUGAAGGAAGGAGACAGGCUGACACAAUGUGCGAAGGGGGAGACGGAGGCCAAACAGGGUAAAGAGGGGGACACAGAGUCUAAACACAGUGAAGACUCCAAGAACAGUGAAGGAGGGGACUCAGAGUCCAGACAGAGUGAGGAGGGGGACACAGAGUCAAAGCACAGCGAGGAGUGGGACAUUGAGUCAAAACACAGUGAAGAAGGUUGCUCUGGGUCAAAACCAGAAGGGGAGUGGGAGACUGAGUCCAAACACAGCAGUGAGGAGGGAGAGUCCUCCCAGGUCAAACCAAGUGAAACCAGUGUUGCAGCAGGGUCAGAACAAAGUGAAGGGAAAUGCCCUAGCUGGGGGUCUAAGGCCGUCAGUGACACACCGACUGAACCUGUGGGACUAGGGGCCCACGGGAAACCUGUGGCCCAGCUAAAGCACAGCCUGUCAGAUUACCACAUUGAGGACAAGGAGGAAAAGGCAAGCGGGCAGGGCUGUUCCCAGCCCAGUCCACCACAGGUAUGCACCGGUCCGGUCAAGUUCAAUGUCACCUUACUCAACUACAUGGACCCGGCAGCUAUGAGCCAGCUGAAAGAAGAGCCUUACUAUGGCAUGGGGAAAAUGGCGGUAGGCUGGCAUCACGAUGAGAACCUGGUCACUCAUUCGCCAGUGGCUGUUUACAGCUACAGCUGUUAUGAUGACAAAGGUGAGAGCAGUGAGGGAGGCAGCGGUGAGAAGGCAUGCUGGAGGAUUGGGCUCAAGGUAGCCUGGGACAUCCACACACCUGGCCUGAUGCUGCCACUGGAGUCUGGAGAUUGCUAUUACAUGAGAGAUGACCUGAACAGUACCCACCAGCACUGUGUCCUAGCUGGAGACACUGCACGCUUCAGCUCCACGCACAGAGUGGCCGAGUGUUCCAGUGGGACCCUGACCUACAUCCAGUCACGCUGCCAAGAGGCCCUGUCCAACCUGCACACUGACCCAGAGACAGGCUCCCACAGCUUGCUGGCCCUGCUGCCGACAACGCUUCAGCACUGUGAGGAGAUUCACAAUGAGGUGGAGUUCGAGUGGCUGCGGCAGUACUGGUUUCAGGGCCAGCGCUACACCCGUUUCUGCAGCUGGUGGACGAGACCGAUGGAGCAGCUGGAGAAAGACUGGAAGCUCAUGGAGACCAUGACCAUGCUCUUCCUGGCUACAGUGGAGGAGGAGGGCAGAGCAGGAGAGGGACGGAGGGAGAUGGCAGAGACCCUGCUGUCUGCCUUGACAGACAGACACCAGCAGAGACAGACAUGGAGAGACAGGUGCCACUCGAGUCUGGCCCAGACAUUACCCCCUGAGGAGGCCCCGGUGGACCGGCCCUUCUGGGGUGUGGAUGACCCCAGCAUGCCGCUGCCCUUUGAUCUGGCUGACAUCAUCAAUAGAGUGGAGUCGCUUCUCUGGAGGAUGUGAAGGGAUGAAGUGAGAAAGAAAGACAAGAAGAAAAAACCCACCAGCUUUUCUGAAUGGCCCCCACGUUAACUAAGGGGACAGACCACUGACGACAGCUCCGUUGUGAUCACAUCAAGAUUGAUUUUCCUUUGAUUGGAGCAUCUACAUUCCCCCUACUCCACCCUCCACUACCCCACCUGACCCUGGCAUCCCAGUCACCCAGCUUGGAUUUGGCUGGAAGACAACCAGACCACCACAGUAGAACCAGAAUAGCGCUUCAGUAACAUGCUAAUAACGCAAGCUUAGCAACAAGCUACUAGUGUCACAACGGUCUAACGAAACAUAAGUGGAACCUACAUUUCAGUGUUAGCAUACAUUGUGCAAGUAUUUAUUAUUUCCGUGUACUCUGUUACUUAAUCUCAUGUAACCCAGUCAUGCUUUUAUCAAUGGAUUGGCUCAUUCUCAGUAGUCCAGUACAGUACAUACAUAUAUGCUUUCUAUUUGUCACACAGUGUUAUAAUACAGUAUACAAUGGUUAAGAAAAGUCACUUUGCUCACAUGGUAUUGCAUUUUUCACUUGUGUAUAGUGUAAUCCUUUUUAUCGUGUUCAGAAAAUGGAAUGAGCCUGAAGAGACCAAAGAAAGAUUCUGAUAAAAAAAGUUAUGAAUGUCACCCAGUGGAGAACAUGAAGAAUGUGUUGUUUUGUGUUGACAGUGCAAUGGUGUGUUUGUGCCAUAUUGAUGUGUGACAGUGUGUACGUGUGUGCUUUGUAUGUGUACAUUUAACCAUGUGAAUAUACGUGCGAUCACUCAUCGGCCUGUGUGUUUGUGCAUGUGCACGUUCACUCGCCCACAUGUCUACAUGAAGACGCGUGUGUAUGAAUGUGAUAGUGUGUGUGAGCCUGUAGGCAGCCUGCCAGUUGUUUGUUCUUGAAGAUGUGCAUAUGGAGAAACAGAGACUAGCAGCGGGGCCCCUCUGCCUCUGCUCUGAUGAAAGGCAGCACUGAUAGAAUGACCCGGAACACAACCGCCGUUUCUCAUAAUUACAGCUGUUCAAUCGCUUUUAAUUACUCUUAAAGUGUGUAGAGCACCACAUUCCCCUGUAAUGCUGCAGGCCAUCCGAGAAAGCGAGAGAAAUAUCCGGCACUUCUGACAAAAUCCACUUUCAAAAAAGCUAAAAAGGGUGGAAAAGGGGGCCGACGUCAAAGCAGUGUAGCAGCCCUCCUCGUUUGAUUUCUUUCUCUAUCUAGUUCAUGAUGAAGUAGAGACGCUGUUUACUAUUAAAAAUGCAGAAUGCACUCCUUUUUUUACUUCUGAAGUUUUUUCCAAGAUGUUAAUGGUUGCCAAACACUGUUCUUCUUGCUUCUUCUUUUGCUGCGCCUCUGUUGUUUGUUGUUGUCAGAGAGAUUUGUUUGUAGAUCGGCAGUAGCGUUGACUUGUUUGAAUCACUCUGUGCUCCCUGCGCCACAGCUUGUCUGUCUGAAGCAAUAGGAAUGGCAGUAAUUAAAAAAAACAGUGUUUUAUCCAA